AUGCCUCUGAAAUUUGCAGUUCCGUUCGGACUUCGAUCGUCAUCGCGGUUUCUUGGACUGGCCAUCCAACUGGCCGAGGAUGGAUGCAGUUGUGCCACGCGUUCGUUUUCUAUUUAUUUACAAUAUUAUUUACCUCAAAUUGCAUACGAUGCGAUUGUGCUAUUCUCAUCACAUUUGGAUCGAAUGGAUAAAAACUGGCGUUCGGAUCCUUUUUGGAGAGAUUUGUACCCUCGUUGGGCAGAGCCAAUCUUUAAAGAGGGAAUCGAUAUAAAAACAAAAAUUACGAACGAUUCUGAGCGGUUCGCUGUCGACGUUGACGCGUAUCAAUUUCGUCCCGAGGAAAUACAGGUGAAAACUGUGGACGAUACGCUGCUGAUUGAAGGUCGUCAUGAGGACGUUCGUGAUCGUGACAAUUUCACGAAAAUGUAUUUCGUCAGAAAAUAUCAACUGCCAUCUGACAUCGAUCCGGUGGACGUGUGCAGUUCCAUCGAUAGCAGUGGUCGUUUGACUGUUGAAGCAGUGAAACGUCAACGUUAUGUGGCUGGACGGGAGCGUGUCAUUCCUAUUGAAGGCCCGUCUAGAAGGGGUGAAACUCGUACUCAGUUCCGUAGCGAGAGUCCUCGUGAAAGAGAUCGCAGUGAAUCUGAAACGUACCACAGCACUGAAACGCAAGAGCGUCGCUCACCACAGACACACUCGUCACAUACCUACUAUCAUGAAACGUCCAGAAGUGGAGGCACUCAAGGCGCAACUCAACCACAACAAAUAACAACUCAUUUCGCUCCACGAACUGAUGAUCAGCGUAGCUUCGAAACGCGUGAGAAGCGUGAACGGGAAUAUCGUUCAGAGGUGAACAAAGAGUAUCGCAGCGAGUCGCGCGAUUCGCAUCGUGAUCAAUAUCAUCAGGACGGAUCGUUGGAUCGUACUCGCUAUCGUGUCGAUUCACCGUCAGCGUCGAAUCGUCAGAACGGUUCAACGAAUUACGAUGGCGCUAAUAAGACCGAGUCAAAAUCCUCGGUCAGAAGUGUUCAAAUACUCCGAAAGACCUUCCAAUAA